GGCUCGCAUGGUUCCUAUCAAGAAGCUGCGGGAGUUGGCCAUUCCAGCCAACAGUCCUAGACCACCUGUUGCAAUUGCUGUCAAGCAAUUUUUGUUGCUAGCUACUGGUUCGAUACUCUUGCCAACAUUUUCUCGGAGGUGCAAGCUGGACUUUGCUCCAUACCUAGGUGGGAGUGUUGAGGACGUGAGGGUGUACGAUUGGUGUACAUUUAUUGUCCGUGAACUGAAAGUAGAGUUGACUGUUGCCAAGAAAAAUGAACAUAGUGCAAAGGCGUUGGGCUCGCCGUGCGUGUGGGUUCUCGGAGAUUGCUACUUCUUGAUACUCCAUCUGCUGGACUCUCUAAAACUAGGCGGGUUGCACACAAAGACCAUACCUAGCUGCCGGUUUUGGUGGAAGCAAAGUGUCGAGAGGGCAAGCACAUCUAUCCCCUUAGUCAGGGGAAGAUAUGACCUAGCUGCCGCUCUGCUGAGUAGGGAAGAAAUCGCCUCUCGCAGGCAGCUCCAGUCGGCGGCUAUUGGGUGUACUAGUGCAGCAACUGCGAGCAGUUUAGCUCCUCCUCCAGAUCGUGCCCCGUUGCCAUGUUGGAAUGGCUUUGGAUAU